AUUGAAAACAAUAACGAAAGUCUGCUUCAAUUAAUGAGGAAAUCGAAUGCCGAACUAAGAGUCAAAGCAAACACUUAUGCCAGUACCGGAUGUACUUACUAUAAUGUUGGGCAGUUCAACACAGCAAUCGUGUAUCUUCAGCAAUGUCUAGAAAUUGCCAAAGAACUGGGAGACAAGGCCGGAGAGGGAGCAAGUUAUUGCAAUCUCGGCAACGCUUAUCAAGGUCUAGGAGAGUUCAAAACAGCCAUCAAGUACCAUCAACGUCAUCUAGAAAUUGCUAAAGAAGUGGGAGACAAGGCCGGAGAGGGAAAAAGUUAUGGCAGUCUCGGCAACGCUUAUCAAGGUCUAGGAGAGUUCAAAACAGCCAUCAAGUACCAUCAACGUCAUCUAGAAAUUGCUAAAGAAGUGGGAGACAAGGCCGGAGAGGGAAAAAGUUAUGGCAGUCUCGGCAACGCUUAUCAAGGUCUAGGAGAGUUCAAAACAGCCAUCAAGUACCAUCAACGUCAUCUAGAAAUUGCUAAAGAAGUGGGAGACAAGGCCGGAGAGGGAGCAAGUUAUGGCAAUCUCGGCAACGGUUAUCAAGGUCUAGGAGAGUUCAAAACAGCCAUCAAGUACCAUCAACGUGAUCUAGAAAUUGCUAAAGAAGUGGGAGACAAGGCCGGAGAGGGAAAAAGUUAUUGCAAUCUCGGCAACGCUUAUCAAGGUCUAGGAGAGUUCAAAACAGCCAUCAAGUACCAUCAACGUCAUCUAGAAAUUGCUAAAGAAGUGGGAGACAAGGCCGGAGAGGGAGCAAGUUAUGGCAGUCUCGGCAACGCUUAUCAAGGUCUAGGAGAGUUCAAAACAGCCAUCAAGUACCAUCAACGUCAUCUAGAAAUUGCUAAAGAAGUGGGAGACAAGGCCGGAGAGGGAAAAAGUUAUGGCAGUCUCGGCAACGCUUAUCAAGGUCUAGGAGAGUUCAAAACAGCCAUCAAGUACCAUCAACGUCAUCUAGAAAUUGCUAAAGAAGUGGGAUACAAGGCCGGAGAGGGAAAAAGUUAUGGCAGUCUCGGCAACGCUUAUCAAGGUCUAGGAGAGUUCAAAACAGCCAUCAAUCUACCAUCAACGUGAUCUAGAAAUUGCUAAAGAAGUGGGAGACAAGGCCGGAGAGGGAAAAAGAGUUAUCUCGGCAAGCCAUCUCCAUCAACGUCAUCUAGUUAAAGAAGUGACAGUCUCUCGGCAACGGGUCUAGAGAGUUCAAAACAGCCAUCAAGUACCAUCAACGUCAUCUAGAAAUUGCUAAAGAAGUGGGAGACAAGGCCGGAGAGGGAGCAAGUUAUGGCAAUCUCGGCAACGCUUAUCAAGGUCUAGGAGAGUUCAAAACAGCCAUCAAGUACCAUCAACGUCAUCUAGAAAUUGCUAAAGAAGUGGGAGACAAGGCCGGAGAGGGAGCAAGUUAUGGCAAUCUCGGCAACGCUUAUCAAGGUCUAGGAGAGUUCAAAACAGCCAUCAAGUACCAUCAACGUCAUCUAGAAAUUGCUAAAGAAGUGGGAGACAAGGCCGGAGAGGAAAAAGUUAUUGCAAUCUCGGCAACGCUUAUCAAGGUCUAGGAGAGUUCAAAACAGCCAUCAAGUACCAUCAACGUCAUCUAGAAAUUGCUAAAGAAAGCAAGGCCGCAAUCUCGGCAACGCUUAUCAAGGUCUAGGAGAGUUCAAAACAGCCAUCAAGUACCAUCAACGUCAUCUAGAAAUUGCUAAAGAAGUGGGAGACAAGGCCGGAGAGGGAAAAAGUUAUGGCAAUCUCGGCAACGCUUAUCAAGGUCUAGGAGAGUUCAAAACAGCCAUCAAGUACCAUCAACGUCAUCUAGAAAUUGCUAAAGAAGUGGGAGACAAGGCCGGAGAGGGAAAAAGUUAUGGCAGUCUCGGCAACGCUUAUCAAGGUCUAGGAGAGUUCAAAACAGCCAUCAAGUACCAUCAACGUCAUCUAGAAAUUGCUAAAGAAGUGGGAGACAAGGCCAGAGAGGGAAAAAGUUAUGGCAGUCUCGGCAACGCUUAUCAAGGUCUAGGAGAGUUCAAAACAGCCAUCAAGUACCAUCAACGUCAUCUAGAAAUUGCUAAAGAAGUGGGAGACAAGGCCGGAGAGGGAGCAAGUUAUGGCAAUCUCGGCAACGCUUAUGACAGUCUAGGAGAGUUCAAAACAGCCAUCAAGUACCAUCAACGUCAUCUAGAAAUUGCUAAAGAAGUGGGAGACAAGGCCGGAGAGGGAAAAAGUUAUUGCAAUCUCGGCAACGCUUAUCAAGGUCUAGGAGAGUUCAAAACAGCCAUCAAGUACCAUCAACGUGAUCUAGAAAUUGCUAAAGAAGUGGGAGACAAGGCCGGAGAGGGAAGAAGUUAUGGCAAUCUCGGCAACGCUUAUCAAGGUCUGGGAAAGUUCAAAACAGCUAUCGAGCACCAUCAACGUCAUCUAGAAAUUGCUAAAGAAGUGGGAGACAAGGCCGGAGAGGGAAAUAGUUAUUGCAGUCUCGGCAUUGUUUAUCGCAGUCUAAGACAGUUUAAAACAGCAAUCGAGUACCAUCAACGUCAUCUAGAAAUUGCUAAAGAAGUGGGAGACAGGGCUGGAGAGGGAAUUAGUUAUUGCCUUCUCGGCGGGAUUCAUCUUCGUCAAAGAGAGUCGAAAAUGGCAAUCGAGUGUUAUCAACGUCACCUAGAAAUAUCCAAAGAAGUGGGAUAUAAGACUGGAGAGGCGUGCUCACUCUGUGCCCUUGGAAGCAGUUAUGAGUGCCAAGGAAAUCUCAUGAAGGCCUUUGACUAUUAUUACUCCAGUGUAGAAUUGUAUGAUGAUAUCAGGGCCAGACUUCAACUCAACGAUCAGUGGAAGAUUUGUUAUCGUAAUCAGCACCAAGUAGCAUACAAGGGUUUGUGGCGUAUAAAUCUCAAUCGAGGUCAAGUUGUGAAGGCUCUUCUUGCCGCAGAGAAAGGACGUGCUCAAGCUCUGAGAGAUCUCAUGGUCACAAAAUAUCAGCCUGGAGAUUCUUUAACGCCCAGCGCAUCCCGCAUUUCUCUGAGGUGGGUUCCAUUGAGCACAAUUUUCAUAGCCAUUAAUGGACCAUGCGUUUACUUCUGGGUUUGCCUCGGUGAAAAUAAUAUCAAGAUGAGGGAAGUACACGUCAACGAUUAUAAGUUUGAGGAUGAAUUGGAAUUUUUCAUCCAGCAACUGAACAAAACUGCUCUUGAGAAGAUCGUUGCAAAAGAUACUAUUACAAUCGAAAAUCCUCUGCUUGACUCGCUGACAGAAGAGGAAGUGGCCAAUGAUGUGAUCCGAGUUGAUGUGAGGCACUCCCAAUCAAGUGCUUUAAAGAAGCUGCAUGACAUCAUCGUUACUCCUAUUGCUGACCUGAUCGAAGGAAAUGACGAGAUCACAUUCAUUCCUGAGGGACCAUUUAGCCUUGUACCUUAUGCAGCGUUGCAGGACUCCAACUCAUCAUAUCUAAGUGGUUCUUUCAGGAUUCGUGUGCUUCCCUCUCUGACAACCUUGCAACUAAUUCAUGAUUGUCCAACUGACUUUCACAUGAAGACUGGUGCGUUGCUUGUCGGCGACCCAUGUUUCAAACAUAUCUUCUAUGAGGGUGAACUUUUGGUGCAACUUCCAGGAGCAAGGAAAGAAGUAGAGAUGAUCGGACGUAUCCUCAAUGUUUCCCCUCUCACUGGAGAAAUGGCAACAAAAGAUGAAGUGUUAAAACGAAUAUCAUCAGUGGCGUUAGUUCACAUAGCAGCGCACGGUAAAAUGGAAACUGGAGAAGUUAUCCUGGCACCAAACACCACAAGAGAUAACCCUCAGCCGCAAGAGAAAGACUAUCUACUGACGAUGAAAGAUGUCAUAGAAGCUGGGUUGCGAGCACGUCUGGUUGUACUUAGCUGCUGUCACACUGCUCGUGGGGAGGUCAUGGCCGAGGGUGUGGUCGGCAUGGCGCGUGCACUUUUGGGUGCCGGUGCCAGAUCUGUUGUGGUAACCUUGUGCGCGAUUGGCGACGAGGGAACCAUAGAGUUCAUGAGUUUCUUCUACGAUGCACUUACCGAAGGCAAGAAGGCCAGUGAAGCUCUCAAUCAGGCCAUGAAGUGUAUGAGAGAAAUUGAAAAUUUCAAGGAGGUUUGGCACUGGGCACCAUUUGUACUCAUUGGUGACGACGUCAACCUGGAUUUCGAGGAGAUUUAG